UAUUUAUUAUAAAAAUGCCGUCUCAAGUAGAACAGAAGACUAUAGACCCUGAAGCCGAACUCAGCAAUGUACAACGAACGUUCCAAAAACUGGCGCCCAUGUGUAGCGUGGAGAAGCGAGCAGGCGGUAUACCACAGCUGGCGCCCCAGGAAAAGCAAUUAUCCAUCCUCGCUUCUGAAUUGAGAGAGACUCUGCUUUGUAUCAAUCUUGCGAAAAAAGGUCAGCAUGCUCUCCGUGAUAACCUGAACAAGUCUGGCACUCGGAAAUCCAUCGUCGACUAUGAGCACUUGGAGAACGAACUAAGAGACGAAAGAGCGCAGCAGGCAGAAUUGGAUUGCUUGAAUUAUUUAGCACAAAAACAGCUCGUGGAACUGCUCAAGAAAGUACCCACUGAGGCUGAUGAAUUGGCAAUGAUUGAAAAUGCGAACAAUCGCCUACGACGCAUGGAGAACCGUCUGGAUCUUGCGACAAAACGAUUUUGUGUAGUUAACACUAAUAACAAGAGCGUUCGUGAGGAGAUUCAUAGGCUUCUUGUUGAGAGGAAUGAUUUUAAUAUACAAUGGAAUCGCACUAUAGGCAAAUUGGUGAAGGGUAAAGAAUAUCUUAUGGAUAUCUUUGAGAUAGCCGCCAAUGCUUUUGGAGACAGGGACGAGUGUUGCAGAAUGUUAGAGGCUUUAAAAUGGAAAGGGCUGUUUCAACUUAAUAGAGAUAUAUCGGAAAUGCAAUCAUUUGAAGGGGAAUUGAACCAUUUAGCGAAAUUAGAGGAGUUUCUCCGAGUUAAGGGUUCCCGAAGAAUCUGUGAAGCUGAUGAAAAAGAAGAAAUUAAACGACAAGAAGAGGUACAACGCUGCGAACAAGAAAUUGCAAGACAUGAUGCUCUAUUAGAAGAAAUCUUUAACUAUGCUGGCUCCGAUAGAGUGGCGACUAUUAUAAAUCAAUUUAAUGCAUCUGAGAUACAGAACUUCUCAAUUUUUGUGCUUCUAUGUGAAGUACUACAAGAAUCUAUCAUGAUGAGACGGGAUCUUGAAAUAUUAAGGCAGAGAAUAAUGGAUCAACGAGAUAUUAACGAAUCUCGCGAAGAGACCCAAGAUAAGAAGUUAGCCGAGCUGAUGGCGGAACUUGAAAAGGAGAAACAAAAGACACAACAUGUUAACGAUUUGAGCAACAACGCUGAUGCGACAAUACUGAAAGUGUUAAAAGGAAUUGAUGAUCUUGUAAGACUGGCGAGAUGUGACGUAACGCCGCUGUUAGGUUUAUUGGGAAAUCAUAAGGAAGUAACGAAAUGGAACGUGCGUAAAUUUCUAAGAAUCUUGGAAGCAGACGUUAAAGUCCUUAUUGAAGUUGUCUAUGGCGCUGUCAAGCCUCCAGCACCUACUCCCAAAACUCGAAAAGGUCCAACACCAGAAACCACUAAACUUGUUGCCGACCCUUACGUUGAAACUCUUCGUCCUAACAGAAUUGAAAAACUAGUUCCUUAUCAACCAUGCGCUUAUUGUGUCGAAGACUAUAUAAUGAAUUUAGUGUUUGAGACGCCGGCAAUUCCAGCGGAUAAAGAAUAUGUGCAAAGUAUAUUCCAUUUGGAAGAUGUCAACACUAAGUUUGGAAUUUAUACUUUAACAAUACCCGCUAAACGUCAUCCAUACAGAGGACCGAAAAAAGAUUAGAAAAAUUGUCAAAAGUGC